AUGCAGACCACACGCUUCCUAGCGACCAACAUGCUGCGCCAGCAGUCCGCCGGGUCCAUGCUGCAGAAGCGAGCAACCCCCAUGCUCCGAAUGCAACCAACGAGGAGCUUGCGGUUGCAGGCUACGCCGCGCAUGAGGAUGGCUUCUCCUAAAGAAGACCAAGCCGCCCACACCGUCUCACAACGCCUCCGCACCCUCAAGCGCAUCCCGCCCGAACUCAUCCCGCUCGGUGUCGUGUUGGCGGUGGCUUUGAUAGCAGCGGGGUACAGCAUGGGGAAUAAGCUGUUCUCGGACAAGACGCUGCGGUUGUCGAGGACUGGGUCUGGUGGACAUGACAAGUAG